AAUGGUUCGCACGUGGAUUUGUUGAUAGGAUGGUUUUCUAUGAUCGAUUGUCGAUGAUUGCAAUCAUUUGAAGAUAACGUCAUCAAGAUAGUUGGUUAUAUGGUUCUUUAAUACACACAACAUGCCAGUUGCCAGUAAAAUCUUCGAGGGAUACCGGGCUCUUGGAUUUGUCAGCAAUCAUGUUCCCCUUGCUGUCCGGUAUCACAAAAAGCACAAGGAAAACUAUGUUGUCACAUGUGUCGGGAAAUCGUAUCACGUAUAUAACGUUUCAAAACUUGGGAUAGUUUGUGUUAGUGAUAUCCAUCCUGAUGAAAUAAACUGUAUUGCAGUAGAUUCCAAAUUUGUUUUUACUGGCUGCAAGAAUGUGAUACGAGCAUACACUAGAUGGAAACAGCUGGCAUUUACUUACGAAGGUCAUGAGAAAGACAUCCGCUUGUUGCUACCAUUCGGGGAACACCUCGUUUCUGUAGAUGCUGACAGUACAGUCAAAGUCUGGGAUAUGGAUGCUGAAGUUGUUUACAUGGAGAUGACUUUCAACAACAGCACCUUUUGUGUAACAACCUUGAUGCAUCCAAGCACCUACCUGAACAAGAUUCUAAUUGGCAGCAAGCAGGGCAAGCUUCAGCUGUGGAACAUUCGCUCUGACAAGAUGCUUUACAUGUUUGAGGGAUGGAAUGCAGGAAUCACAGCUACGGAACAAUCUCCGGCUAUUGAUGUAGUUGCCAUUGGGCUGGAUGAUGGACAAAUUAUUUUACAUAAUAUCAAAUUUGAUGAAACAGUGAUCAAAUUUCGCCAGGACUGGGGCCCAGUCACCAGCAUAGGUUUCAGAACAGAUGGUCACCCAGUAAUGGUAACAGGAAGUGCAGUCGGUCACAUGGCAUUAUGGGACUUGGAGCAAAGGAAGUUGAGUAGCCAGAUAAGAGAAGCUCAUACAACCUCGGUCACAGGGAUGGUGUGUAUGGCAUCCGAACCGUUAAUAGUUACUUCAGCAGCUGACAACUCACUCAAGGUAUGGAUAAUGGACAUGCCAGAUGGUGGAGGUCGUCUGCUAAAUCAGAGGUCAGGACAUUCGGCUCCACCCAGCAGACUGCGUCAUUAUGGAAAUGACGGCAAAAAUAUUCUCAGUGCAGGUCAAGACAGUACCAUGCGCUCAUUUUCCACUAUUCAUGAUAAACAUUACAAAAGUCUUGGACGAGCCUCGUAUAACAAAUCCGAGACAAGAAAGACAGGCCUAAAGAAGGACAAACACAUGAUGCCCUCUGUUACACAUUUUGUAUCAGAGUCCAGUCGACAAAGUGACUGGGAUAACAUUGUUGCAUGCCACCGUGGGCUGAGCACAGCGACAACAUGGAGCUACCAGAGGUCAACUAUGGGUCAGCACAGAUUCAGACAUGACCGAUUCAACAGUCCAGCAAUACAUGAUGCUGUAGCUCAGGCUGUUGAUAUCAGCUGCUGUGGAAACUUUACAGUGAUUGGAUAUAGCACGGGACAUGUAGACAAGUAUAACCUCCAGUCAGGCAUACACAGAGGCAGUUAUGGUGAUCCAACAGCACAUAACAGUUGUGUACGAGGGGUGGCAAUAGAUGGUCUCAACCAGGUGCUGAUCACAGCUGGUGGUACAGGCGAUAUCAAAUUCUGGAAGUUUAAAGAUAGGAAACUCCUGAAUUGUCUUCAGCUUAAAAGUCAAAUAUCACAAAUAUGUUUACACAAAGAAAGUUCAAUGAUGGCUGUUUCGCAGGAUGACUUUAGUAUAAUGAUAGUGGAUAUUGACACUAAAAGGGUAGUCAGAACAUUUCAUGGUCACUCCAACAGCAUCACUGAUAUGACCUUCAGUGCUGACUCCAGAUGGCUGAUCACAGCUGCCAUGGACUGCAGUGUGCGUACCUGGGACAUGCCAACAGGCAGACUUGUUGACUGCUUUGCAGUAGAUUUAGCAGUAACAUCUUUGUCGAUGUCACCGACGGGUGAUUUCCUGGUGACGGCCCAUGUGGAUGAUAUAGGAGUCUACCUCUGGUCAAACCUCACACUUUUCUCACAUGUGGCCCUGAAGCCUCUCCCGACAGACUUUGAACCUCACACUUUGGCUAUGCCUGCUACAAGUAAACAGACCUCAGGACAUGUUGAUGAUGGAGAGGAUCUGACAGAUGAGGAGGAUGUGACAGAUUUUAAAUCUCCACAACAGAUAUCUGAUGAACUAGUGACCCUGUCACUACUACCAAACUCAAGAUGGCAGAACCUUCUCAAUCUGGAGACCAUCAGGAGGAAGAAUAAGCCCAAGGAGCCCCCAAAAGCUCCCAAGGCCGCACCAUUCUUCCUACCCACUGUGGCCGGGUUGGAGUUCAAGUUCGCUGAAGCUGAGGCAGAUGAAGACAAGGGUACCUCUAAAAUCAUCAAAGGAAAACUAAAGCCUCUUUCAGCACUUGGCAAAGUGUUAAUGCAGGAUGCUGAGGAUACCAACUUUGAUCAGACACUUCAGAUGAUGAAAAAGCUUGGUCCAUCCGGCAUUGACAUUGAGGUGCGUUCCCUAGAACCCGAUGGAGGAGGAUCUCUGGAGCUAAUGUCCUGUUUUCUUAGUUUUAUCUGCUAUGUCCUUACCACUAGAAGGGACUUUGAGCUGGCCAAUGCUUACUUAGGAUUGUUUCUCCAGGUCCAUGGAAGUCUUGUCGCUGGAGAACCCACAUUGGUUAAAGAAUUGGAAAAGGUGAAUGAAGUGCAGAAAGAAGCCUGGCAUGAGGUGCAGGACUUAUUUACACAAAAUCUUUGUCUUGUGAAUUAUUUACGGACAGCAACCAUAUAAUAUCAUACCAGUAAAAUGUUUGACUACUGAUAGACAACGGUGCUUGACAACGUGGAUAUAUCUGCAAGCAUGUGCCUUGUGAAAACAUUUCACUGGAUUAUAUUACUGACAAUAAAACACAAGAUUUUAUUCAUGACAUUUUUGCAAUAAAUGGAUAUGAAAACUC